AAUAGCCUUUUCAUCAUGGCCCAACACUUACUGGUGCAGAAGGGAGCCCUCAUUAUCCCUUACUUGUUACUUCUUAAUUUCAAAUAAGUAUGCUGGUUCUUCCUGAUCUACAAUACCAAAAGACACGUAGUAUAUUUUCCAUACAAAUGUACAUGGACAAGAGGAGAAAACCAGCCAACAAACUGGGGUCAUCCUUUUGUAAAUAGCAUUAUCUUCAGCGGAUUAUGUCGACACGAUCUUUAAACUUUGUUGGGCCCGUCAUAGAGAACAACUUGGCACAACCUUUGUCCGCCUCUUUCAGUGGAAGAAAGAAAAUCGCUGAAUUUUAUCAAGUCACUUGAAGCAACUUAAUAUUCACCCAGUUUCAAAAGCAAAUCGGUAGAGAAGAAAAGGCAAACACACCAGCAAGGAUGGUGGGCCGUCAAAAACGCAAGAUAGAAAAGGAAGCCAUGUCUCCUAAUUUCUACAAAUGUCAGCGAAAUACUUUGUGUGCGCCUGCUCCAUUUGCAGGUGAAACAAGCUGUCAGUGCAAAGCUCCUCAUGAGAAGCUAACUAUUGCUCAGGCCCGCCUUGGGACACCAGUGGACAGACCUGUCAGAGUCUAUGCAGAUGGAAUAUUUGAUCUUUUCCAUUCUGGUCAUGCUAGAGCACUUAUGCAAGCCAAAGCUCUCUUCCCAAAUAGCUACUUGUUAGUAGGAGUUUGCAGUGAUGAUCUAACCCACAAGUUUAAAGGCUUCACUGUAAUGAAUGAAGCAGAGAGGUAUGAGGCCCUCAGACACUGCCGCUAUGUAGAUGAAGUCAUCAGAGAUGCCCCAUGGACCCUCACGCCAGAGUUUUUGGAAAAACAUAAGAUUGAUUUUGUAGCUCAUGAUGACAUUCCAUAUUCCUCUGCUGGUUCAGAUGAUGUUUACAAGCACAUAAAGGAGGCAGGUAUGUUUGUACCUACACAGAGAACUGAAGGCAUCUCAACGUCAGAUAUUAUCACUAGAAUUGUGCGUGAUUAUGAUGUCUAUGCCCGUCGCAACCUUCAGAGAGGAUAUACUGCUAAAGAGCUGAAUGUCAGUUUUAUUAACGAAAAGAAAUAUCGCUUUCAGAAUCAGGUAGACAAAAUGAAAGAGAAAGUAAAGAAUGUGGAAGAAAGAUCUAAAGAGUUUGUGAACCGAGUGGAAGAAAAAAGUCACGAUCUUAUUCAGAAAUGGGAAGAGAAGUCUAGAGAGUUUAUUGGCAACUUUUUAGAACUAUUUGGUCCGGACGGAGCUUGGAAACAGAUGUUUCAAGAAAGGAGCGGCCGAAUGCUGCAAGCCUUGUCUCCCAGGCAAAGUCCAACCAGCAGCCCAACCCGGGGACGGUCCCCAUCGCGGUCUCCAUCUCCCCCUUCCCCCUGGCUUUUGAGGAAGACGUCACCUCCUUCCUCUCCAAAAGCAGCUUCAGCAUCCAUCAGCAGCAUGAGCGAAGGAGACGAGGAUGAGAAGUAAGGACAAGGGAGAAACAGCAAUCCGAAAAAAGAAAGGAAAACGCACAAUGUCCACUCAUUCACAAGAGAGUUGGGAGAAGAACGAAUAAAAAAAGAUGCAUGAGAUAUUUAUGAAAAGGAAAAAGGGGCACAUACGGAAACUGAAGCAGUAAAGAUUUCAGCUACACACAGGUACUUGCUAAUAAGGGAGUUACCAGAUUGGCAACACGUGAUGAAAAAAUAUGCAAAAAAUCUAUUAUUACUCAAUAAUUAUGAACACCUUCUGUGGUUGCCGCUGCUUAACCCACUGAAUAGGUACAAGGAAUCUUGCUUUAGAGGGGAACCACUGCUUACCUGCUAAAAAGCUGGACUUUCCUAGAAUGGGAGCACUCUCUGGGAGCAGCAAAUGCUUUCAUAAUGUUUUAAAAAAGGACGAGGAGGAGGAGAAGAAACCCCAGAAUCAAACUGUGCCAGUAGAACUAAAACUCUGUCAUUCACAAUAAAUGUACCUUGGAUCUUUUGAGUUUGUUGAAUGUUGCUUGUUGAGCAGGCUUUUUGUUAAUAUAAAGCAAGGCUAUUUGAAUGUGAACAUGCUUUGCUUGAUUAACUCUUAACAUGUUUUCCUAGUGCCUCCAAAACGACUUUUUAUUUUCACGGUUCAGAGUUUUGUUAAGAAAACUGUACCUUCAAUAUGGUUUCACAUAUUAGACAUUUUGUUCACUAACCCACAGAUCAAUUCUUAUGUAAUGUUUUUUACCAACAGAUUUCAAGAAAACCAAACAAGCAUAUUAUGUACACCAGUUGUUAGUUCAUUUGAACUUUAAAUUCCAAGUCUCAUGUGAUUAUCUGAAAUUCUGAACCAGUCUGGAGAAAUGUCUCAAUUUUGUAUAUAUACAAGGUGAGCUAGGAGGUUUCCUUUAAAAGUAAAAGCAUUGUAUUAGAUAAAUGGUUCUUCAUUACCAACAUUUGAAAAUGGGAUUUGUUUUAAGAGGUACUUUCUUGGUAAAUUACCUGUGCAACUACAUUUUUCUCCUAAUUUGUAUAGGACUCUGAUAAAAUGUGUUUAAAAGCCUCUUCAUUUUAGAUUCUAGAUAGUUACUUCUGCAGGGCAUAGAUACACAGCAGUAGACUUAGCCUGGGUUGUUUUUCUACAUUACAGUACCUCAUAUCACUGCCAUGUCCAUACUUAUCAUUGAUAUGGCAAAGUUGAACACAAACAACCCAGCUUAAAAAAUAAUAUCUAUGUAUGGGAAAUGAUGGAAGUCGGGACUUUUCAGAACACUAUAAGACAUCACUUCAGAACUCGUCUUGUAUGUAUGGCAUGUUAGCUAAGCCACAAUGGGCAUGAAUUCCUUCAUAGGUCCACAGCACUGUUCUGUAACUUCAAGGAUCAGUUGCUAUUGAACUGCUAAGAGCAGGAAAGUUUCUCAUCACCCCUCUAGAUUCUUUCCUUCCUGAAAAAGCAAAAUUACAAAAUGAAUAAAAUGAAUUGUGAUCCUAUAUUUGAUCUGAAUAAUAUUGUGACCCAUGAAUAUAGGCAUCCAGUCAUGCAUGGCAGUUCUCAUGUUUUACUUCUUGGCUUAGACCUACAAAUUAAUUACCUGCCCCAUCUCUUCAGAAAGGUCGCUACAGAUAGCCCUCUCCCAUGUCUAGCAUGUAUUCAUGUUAUUUAUUAUUGUAGUAGACACUGAGCUUUCUAGACAAAUUAAAAAAAAAGUUCCAGGUUAUAGUUCUGAUAACAAAUUACAACCAAUAGUUAACUGGUCUACUCUGCCUAGAUAUCAGAUUUAGCAGCAUCAUGGAUCUGCCAGAAGUUGAGGCUGAAAUAAUAAUCAUCCAUUUGUAGAGGAGUAUACAAACGUGAAACCAGUUAAAUACUAAAAGUAGAAUGGGGUUGGUAUUUCAUAAAAAUACUUAUCAGUUGUGAGAACUGUAAAAAUUUCCACGUGUAGCUAUUUAUUUGUGCAUCUCAGGGCACUGAUAGCAGUAUCUGUUCUUUGGGAGCUCAUUCCCUUCAUCUGCAGAAUCAAAUAUUGACAGGUUUCUCUGAACCAAGAUACACAGGUGCUUUCCCCCCAGUCAACAGCAAGCACUGACAUGUAUAGCAAAUAUUUGCAUUUUUAGUGCCUGUAAGCAAUUGCAGUUUAAUUUAAUAUAUGUACUGUCUAUGGAGUUGUUGGCAGAAAUAGAACCAGAGUACUGGUACUAAAACCAUUCUUUUUCUUUUGUAUCUAACGACUUAGUAAACUUAAAAAAAAAUACCCAUUAUUCUAGCUCACUCUGUCUAACAUUCUUCUAAGGGCCCCGAAGUUUCCAAAUGCAGGAAGCAAAUCCUUCAUUAGUCGGAAAAGCAUCUCAAGUUUGCUAACCCCUCACUAAACCUGCAGAAGGCACCACAAAUUUAGCUCAGGUUAGCUGCAGUAAAGAGCUAUUCUGAGCCAAGUCUUAACACUUCUGUCUCCCUAAUAAUUAACUGAGGCCAAAACCCAAUAGUCCCAACCAGGAUACAGCCAUUGAAACAACAGGAACCUGGGGAGUCAGCCAUCAACUCAAUGAGUCUACUCCAGUUGGGAUUAGUACUCUCUACUUACAUUUAGCCCUAGGGUGGCCUUAGACUCACAGGAAUUCUGUCCUUUCCUCAAGGAAGAGUUCUGCAACACAAUUAAAAGGCUGUGUUAUAAUUUUUAAAUGAUGUUCUGUCCUUUUUUCUUGUCCAUUGGAAUUGUUUUGGCUUAUAGCAUUUAGUAACAUACAUGACUUGUCAACAAAUGCUUUUCAAGGGAUGAUUUACUUUCUGUCACAAAAAAAUGAAGAGAGUUUUUGUCCUGUCUUCUUGAGACAAAUCCAAGCCAUGUCUAAAAUAACAAAUUAACUACAUCACCACAUAUACAGCAUUUUCAUUAAUAGUUAUGCCACAGCCCCUUGGGUAAUACACAUCAGUGCAUUAGAGAAAAGUAAGUAAGUAAGUAAGUAAAAGUUUAUUUGUAUACCGCCCUCUCUCCCAAAAGGGACUCAGGGCGGUUUCCAAUAUAUCAUUAAAAUCUGCUGUUGAUCAAGCCUCCACUGUGUUUUAAUCACAUUGCUAGAUAGAUUAUUGUUUGACUUUCAUAUUUGUGCAAAACUCUAUCAGAAAUAGAUCAUUGUGGUAUUUGACAAACCUUCACUGGUGCUAUUCAGCAAGAAGAAAUACUGUACUGACUUUAGCAGGAAAGGUAAAGUAAUUAAAUUUCAAGGAAAGAAUAAAACUAAGGCAGAAACACCA